CUUGAUCAGUGCUGCCACAGCGUUCCGCUGCAGAAGAAGACACUGAGAGAUAUUGCCAGAAUGUAUGAGAAAUAUAUCCAGCUUCUGCACUGUUAUUGCGACUGAUGUUUGUUUUCAUGAGAGGCCUCUGAGACGAGCAGUAUGUCAGUGCACUUCGAGGAGAGGAGUGGCGUGAUCCCGUGUGAAACCGCUUGGGGCUCCUGGUAUCAGACUAUGGAGGAGGUUUUCAUCGAAGUCAAUGUUCCUCCUGGAACUUCAGCCAAAGAGAUCAAGUGUAACAUCGAGAGCAAACACAUAGAGCUUCGUGUAAAAGAUCAACAGAUCUUUAAGGGGAAGCUGUUUGGAUCUACAGUCAGCGAUGAAGCAACGUGGACGUUAGAGGACAAAAAAUUGAUCCAGAUAGUUCUUAUGAAGACGAACCGAGAGGCUGGGAACUGCUGGCAGUCUCUUCUGGAGGGAGAGUACGCGGCUGACCUGUGGGUGCAGGAUCAGAUGCAGAGGAAGCUCACGCUAGAGAGGUUCCAGAGAGAGAACCCUGGAUUUGACUUCAGCGGGGCAGAGAUCUCUGGGAACUUUCAUGGUGGUGGACCAGAUUUCUCCAACUUGAAAAAAUAAAAGGACUACUUUCAUUACUGUAUUUGAUGUGGUCUUACCAAAUUGCACCAGUGAUAAUUCCCCUCAUUGAGAACAUUUUCUCCAUUUUUUUUUUUUCCUUUGGAGAGAAAAAAAGGAGCAUAUCGCAACAAUGUCCGUCAAUUGAUAGAAAGCCAUAGUCUGAUCACAAGCAGCCUUUAUGGUGGUUUUAGUUUACCAAUGCCAAGUUUUGUAAUCGCCACCACAGUGGUUUUAGGAGACUGUUGACUCAGCUAUACUUUGAAUUUCAAUAAAUCAUGUUCUUCAAGCACUUAUUAAAUGCCUCAAACACCA